CAUUUCAAUGUUGGUAAAAUACUUAAUUGCGCCAAGACUUGUUCGAUUAGCACGAGAAGCUGAGCAAAUAUUAAAUUAUUUGUGUAAAAAGGUGCCGGUUCAUUUUAUACCGCUAUUUAUACAGUUCAAGUCUACAAGAUUUCCUCCGUAUACAUGCAGUAUAAAAUGGAACCACCAACUUUUCAAGUCAUGCCUCCGCAUCUUCCAUUACACAAUAAUGUAGCGGCUCAUGCUCGACGUAGAAACAAUCGCCAGUCAAUACAUGCAAUGCAGUCAGAAAGAAUGUCGUUAGGUGAAGCUGCCAAAUUGGAAAUGCAAUCACUUCCAACAAAAACACCCGUCUCAGUUUUACAAGAGUUAUUAAGCCGACGUGGCAUCACACCGAAAUAUGAGCUAGUUCAAAUUGAAGGAGCAAUUCACGAACCAAUAUUUAGAUAUCGAGUGUUUCUGAGUUCUGAAUUUGUGGCGACGGGUACGGGUAGAUCAAAGAAGGAGGCCAAACACGCAGCUGCGAAAAAUUUGCUCGAUUUAUUAAUUGGGAAACAAACACCGGAACAGGCAAAUGCUGCAAAUGGAACAUCUUCUGGUACUGAUAUCACUAAUCAAGUUGUUUCACCGUACGAUGAUAAAGUAAUGGGUAAUCCGAUAGGUUGGUUGCAAGAAAUGUGUAUGUCACGGCGUUGGCCUCCGCCUUCGUACGAGAUGGUGCACGAAGAAGGGCUUCCCCACGAGAGACAAUUUACAAUUGCAUGCGAAGUAUUGAAACAUAGGGAGGUAGGCAUGGGGAAAUCGAAGAAGUUGGCAAAGCGAAUGGCGGCUCAUAAAAUGUGGCAAGCUUUACAAGACAUGCCAAUAGAGGGGACGAAUCUGCCUCAAGGUUUUGAGGAGGAGGACGAGUUAACAACACGUGUGCAGACUCGUUACAGUGGACUGAAAGAUAGUAAAAUCACCACUGUGAACACCCCCCAUUCUCAUAAAGUAUCGCAAUUUCACAAGAUUUUGAAACAAUCCCGUGGAAAUAAGUUAACCGAGUUACAGAAUACGUCGCUGAACAUCAAAGACUUCAACUUUGUACAAUUUUUACAAGAGAUCGCAUCCGAACAACAAUUCGAAGUGACGUACGUGGACGUGGAAGAAAAGUCUCUCAAUGGGAAGAGCCAGUGUUUGGUGCAGUUGUCAACUUUACCUGUAGCUGUUUGCUACGGUUCUGGCAACUCGUCGAAAGAUGCCCAGUCUAAUGCUGCACAUAAUGCAUUAGAAUAUCUUAAGAUUAUGACAAAAUGAAGUAAGACUUUUACAGCAUUUGUAGUAGGUUUGCACCCUAGCUCGAGGGGAAAAUCACUUAUCAAUAAAUUAGCAUUACUUAAAUUUAUUUUGCAUUAUUGUGACAAUCCAGAAUUACCGAUAGAAUAUAAGAUGUGGAUUACUUUGGGUGUUUAAGACAUUACAUUGGAAUUACAAAGAAUUCGUAAAGAUUUUUACAAUCAGUUAAUAAAAAGUUUGUUCUAAGUUAAAGAUGUGCAACCCCAUUCAAACUAGACCCUUCACUACUCCUAAUACAAAAUUAUGAGCUAUUUAGGAGCUUAGGAAAAAUAACACCAAAUCUGCCCACAAAAAUUGUAAUAAAUCAAAAAGAUUACACGGGUUACACUGAUAUAUUUCGGAAGACAACUGCUUCCAUUAUCAAAGUUUAUAUCACAUACAGGAUUACAACAUCUAGGGGGAAUUAAAAACAUUCAAUUCGCAUUAGUUAUGUCAACUUUCGUUACUUUUUAGUACCAGUUACAUUUCGUUACUAUGCAGAUCAGUAUUCGUUAUCGUUACUUUCGUUACUCAUGUAACAUAAUGCAUUUAGAAGCAUGGAUUAUUACUACUCAUCUUCAGUUCCUUUGUGUUUUGUAUGUAGCUAAGGUAUAAUUCAAAGCCCGAGAAAGAAAGAAAUGUAGGUAUUUAAUUAAAAAGACUUAUAUGAUGUGGUCAAGCAAAAAUCCAACUUCGCAUAGGUAAACGAAAUUCAAUCCGCGGCUCGGCUCUCGAGUUUUGUAUGCAAAAUUACAAACUUUCUAAAUAUCGUUAUUAGUUAUAUCGUUAGUCGUUACGUUACAAUACUGCAAGUACUACUGGACUACUUUAACUGCACUGCAUUAACGGUAACGAAAUCACGAAAAGAACGAAUACUUUUAGAAGCUUGUAUUCGUUCCUAUGUGUAACGAAUACUUCAAUUUUCGACAUCACUAAUUUGCAUUUAUGCAAAUUUUACAUAGCGUAAUUGGAGGUGUCGUGCUUUGUACUAACCUAAUUUCGUAUUUGGGUUGAAUAUUUUGUAGAUUCAAAUGUUAUUGAAAGUUUGCGAACUUAAUUAGUUUUUAAUUCCCCGUAGAUGUUGUAGUCCUGUAUGUGAUAUACAGGUUUGGUUUUAUUUCUCCGAAGCUUAGUAAGCACCCCAUUUGGAGCUAUGGAUUGUCACAAUUUUAAGCUAUUUAGGAGCUAUACAGAAUAUAGAAAUCUAAUUUGUUGCGUUUGAGAAAAAUUGUUGUAAUGUUUGUUACACGCUGCCUGGUUUUAGUUUUUGCUGUUCGUUCGGCCAGUAAUAAAAUCAGUUUUGGGUUU